AUGCAGGGGUACUCGGAGGUUCCUGGAAUCUGGACGCAGGAGCAGGUCAAGGCGUGGAAGCCCAUCGUCGACGCCACCCACCAUUUUCAGCCCGACGGACAGGAGCCUAUCUCGAGCACGGACAAGCAGAUUUCCCCGAACGCCGAGUUCGGAAUGGUGUAUUCGAAGCCGCGCCGGUUGCGGACUGCGUGGACUGCAAUUGAAGCCGGCUUCGAUGGUGUUGAGAUCCACGGCGCGCAGGGAUACCUCCUCGAGCAGUUCAUGAAGGACAGCUCUAAUGACCGCACAGAUGAGUACGGCAGCAGCCUAGAGAACCGGUGCCGCUUCGCCGUGGAGGUCAUAGACGCCAUUGUCCGUGAGAUUCCUCACAGGCUCUUGCCGUUCCGAAAGGCGUUUAACGGCACAUUUAUCGCCGCCUAUGGGUACGAUCGGGAGGAAGGCAACAAGGUAGUGGCAGAAGGCUAUGUUGACCUUGUCGCAUAUGGAAGGCUCUUCUUGGCUAACUCGGACCUGCCUAAGAGGUUCGAGCUGAAUGCACCACUGAACAAGUACGACCAUUCUACCUUCUACAUGCAAGAUCCCGUUGUUGGCUACACGGAUUACCCUUUCCUCGAAGACAGUAGCAAUAAUGAUGAGUCAAGUACUCAAGUUUAA